AACACCGGCUUUCCUUUUAAUUCUUCCUUUAGCAGGAAGCUGGGGCUUCCAUCUCCUAAAUGCACCCUUCUCCCAAGAUCGUCUGAGGAUCUUAAUAGGUUGUUGCAGACUUUGGACCAUAUUUUCUGCUGCUAUAACUCCAGUGAACUCAUUACAGCUACAUCAGCCCAGGCAGAGAUUUUUGCCACAGAUCUGUAACUUAAUUGCAGGUUUGGGGGUGAAGGCAGAGACUUGGGGAAGCUGGACUAACCCUCUUUUCUUGAUCUACCCUUCUGUACCCAUACAGCUUGAAGCCCACAGUGCUCCAGCCGAGGGAAUGUGGGGAGCUGGAGGGAAAGAAAGAAUGCACCUUGGAGGCUGCACUCCCUUCUUCAUGCUGCCCUCAUGCCUGAGACAGGAUCUAUGGAUACAUCUGCUAUUUCUUUUCCUCCAUUGUGUUACUGACAAUCCUUAGACUGAUUCCCUCCACUAGUACUACAUCAAGCUGCAAUGACAUCCGAUCUCAAGCAAAACAGCAUUGGGCAAGGGCUGUUUUGUUUCAGAGGAAACUGAAAGAUGAUAUGAAGAACAGAUCACCAGACAGAUCAAAAUCAAUAGUUCAAAAUACAUUAAAUAUAAGAAAUGCAAGAAGUCCGCACAUCUGAAUGUAGUUAUUGCAGACCAACAAAGAAGAAGAGGGGAAGUAAUGUAUAAUGGAACAGCAGUGAAGUGUUGUAGCCGUGUUGGUCCCAGCCUAUAAGAGAGACAAAGUGGGUGAGAUAAUAUCUUAUAUUGGACCAACUUCUUUUGAUGGAAGAAACAAGCUUUCGAGCUUCACACAACUUUUUGUCAGUUCUGGAAAAGCAUGAAUGACGAAUAUACUCCAUCUGAAGCAUAAAAGUACUUGAUUCUGGAAAAGCACGUGAAAGCACCUUUAGCGUUAAAAUCAGGAAGAAGUAUGAAAGAACAGUCUGUCUGAUACUGAAUUUCUGGGCCACAACAUCUUGCAGAGAACAAAAAAUGGCUCUUUCUAAAAACAUUGCUGCAAGUAUCCUUGAAGAAUGGUGUUUGGAGGAACCACUGUUUAGGUGUAGGAGACAUCAGAAUGUCAGGAAAAAACUGAGACUGAUACGAAUAAUAGGUCUUUUCAUGAGUAUAAUGGCCAUUAGCACUUUCUCUCUUUCAAUUAGUGCCUUUUUCAAGAUGGAGCCACAUAGCACAGAGAUGACCAGUAGUCUAGGUAGCCAAAAGUCAAUGCAUGGGCAUCAAAGAACUCUGUUGGAUGUCAAGGAACAAAAUCAAAAUGGCACUCCAGAUUCGCCUAUUUCUAUGAAAUAUGAAACGGAACACAAUAAUGCAACAGAAGAACACUCCAAGGGAGAGUACCCGAAAGACCUUUUUUCUCUUGCAGAAAGAAGAAGGGGGGCAGUAAUCCUCCAUAUCAUGGGAAUGAUUUACAUGUUCAUAGCCUUAGCCAUAGUCUGUGAUGAGUUCUUUGUUCCUUCAUUGACUGUCAUCACUGAGAAGCUAGCCAUAUCUGAUGACGUGGCUGGGGCAACAUUCAUGGCUGCUGGUGGUUCAGCUCCAGAACUCUUCACAUCUUUGAUAGGAGUCUUCAUAUCUCACAGUAAUGUUGGCAUUGGAACAAUAGUAGGAUCUGCAGUAUUCAAUAUCCUGUUUGUUAUUGGAAUGUGUGCUUUAUUUUCUAGAGAGAUCUUGAAUCUUACCUGGUGGCCGCUCUUUAGGGAUGUGUCCUUUUAUAUCAUGGACUUGAUCUUGCUAAUAAUCUUUUUUUUGGAUAAUUUAAUCAUGUGGUGGGAGAGCUUAACACUACUGAUAGCUUAUUUUUGUUAUGUGACUUUCAUGAAAUUCAACGUUCAAGUAGAAGAAUGUGUGAAAAAAAUUUUCAACAGGAACAAAGUUGAGAAGGUAACAACGGCAGAUUCUGAACAAAAGCCAGCUAAUGCUGGGGACAAGGAUGACCAAACACUGACGACCAAGCCACGUCUCCAGCGAGGCGGGAGCUCUGCAUCUCUCCACAACAGUCUAAUGAGAAACAGCAUCUUUCAGCUUAUGAUUCACACACUCGACCCACUUGCCGAAGAGCUUGGAUCAUAUGGAAAACUAAAAUAUUAUGACACAAUGACUGAAGAAGGAAAGUUCAAAGAGAAGGCCUCAAUUCUUCAUAAGAUUGCCAAAAAGAAGUGCCAGGUGGAAGACAGUGAAAGACGGAACGGGGCUGCUAAUCAUGCUGAAAAAAUUGAACUCCCAAAUACUACAAAAGUGGAAGUUGAAGUAACACCACCAAAUGAUGGUUCAGGACCAGUGCAAAAUGGAAACAUUGCCCAUGGAAUUGAAGAGAAUUCAGAGGACGAUGAUGAAGAGCAGCCUCUCAGCCUGGCCUGGCCUGACACCCUACGCAAACAGCUCAUGUAUCUUGCUGUUUUCCCCAUUGUUUUUCCAUUGUGGAUUACCCUGCCAGAUGUCAGAAAGCCUUCCUCCAGGAAAUUUUUUCCUGUCACAUUCUUUGGAGCAAUCACUUGGAUAGCAGUUUUUUCUUAUUUAAUGGUCUGGUGGGCACAUCAGGUUGGUGAGACCAUUGGCAUAAGUGAAGAAAUCAUGGGAUUGACUAUAUUAGCUGCAGGCACCUCUAUCCCUGACCUAAUUACCAGUGUUAUUGUGGCACGAAAAGGCCUAGGUGAUAUGGCAGUAUCCAGCUCUGUUGGAAGCAACAUCUUUGACAUAACAGUGGGUCUUCCCCUUCCAUGGCUCAUGUAUGCUGCAAUUAACGGCUUCGUCCCGGUGACUGUCAGCAGCAAUGGAUUGUUCUGUGCUAUCGUCCUCCUCUUCAUCAUGCUACUCUUUGUCAUCCUCUCCAUUGCACUCUGCAAGUGGAGGAUGAAUAAAUUCUUGGGCUUCACCAUGUUUGGUCUGUAUUUCAUAUUCUUGAUCGUCAGUGUCCUUCUGGAGGACAAAGUGAUCUUGUGUCCCGUCUCCAUCUAG